UGCAAACCUAAAAAUGCCUACCUUUGACCUUCGCCACCGCCGUCACUCGCCGAGCCCUUUCCUCCUCCCUUCGUCCAAAACCAAAAUAUCAGAACACCAUUCUUAAACUAGAAACCGAAAGGAAAAAACAUGCAAGCCAAAAACUUAUCUAGAUCGCCAUUUUCUGGUCAAUCUGGGGCAAUCCUAGUCGUUUCUUGGUUCGGCGAUAGAAGAGAAGAAGAGGAAGAGGGAAAAGGAUUAGGAUUUUGAUUCCUUUUAGGUUCUUCUUCGGUUCGAUUUCCAGAAAAGAAAACAGAUCGAGAGAGGAAAAAAGAAGAGUUUUGUUUUCGUUUUUCAGGUUUUCUGUUUUCAGGUUUUCUGCUUCCAUAUGAUCCCUUAUCCUCGUUUUUUUUAAAUUACCCUUUUGCCCUCUCUAUUUCGCUUAAAUUAAACCCUACUGCCACCUUUCUCUUCAAAAAUCGAAAUCCACUAAAAAAAAUUAACAAUGCCAUCCGUUGAACCAUGGCCUUUGCCCUGUCAUUUCUGAGCCAACACGUUUAGCCACUAGGCUAACACACUCAAAUUUGUAUUCUUGAUGCACUUCGGUGCUAUUUAUUAAUGUGGAGGUUGUGAUCAAUAUAUUCCAACAAUCAUUUUAUGACGAAAUUAUUUGACAGUCAUCACCCAAUUACCAAGAUAAAUUUCUAAAAAUUCAAAUCAACAUCUUAAUAAGAUCAAUAGAAUUUGUUGAGAUCACUUCGUAAAUCAUUCAAAACAUUAAAUUAAGGAAAACAUUUUCAUUCUCUUAUGAUUUACGUCAAAUCGUCAAUAGACGUACACAUCUCAUCGAUUUAGGUAGUACCAAUUUUGGGCGUUGUGGGGUGUGAAUACACUUCCCCACACGUAAUCGUACUCCCGAAUACAAAAUAUCCUAAUUCGCAGACCAAGUCUCGGUUUAGACCAAAGGUGUUCGGUCCACCACUAAUAAGGUCAAUGGCGACUCCGAGCAAUUGGCGACGGAUCCUCCCGAUUUCGAGGGGCGGUUGCGAUAGUGGCGACUCCGCUGGGGAACUUUUGAGAGUCGAGCUACAUAACUAAAUCAAUAAGCUUUUCUUACUUUCUUUUUGGGUGUUCUGUGUUUUACUAUAUUGUUUGAGCUUUUUAUUUACUUUAUAGUUAAUUUCAAUUCAUACAUAAAAAGCUUUAUACCCGAGCUCUCCUUUAGAAAUUACAAGGUGUAACGUGACUCCUACAAUAGUAGGGGAAUAUCGUGAAACUUACUAACCAAAUUGAACUCAAAUACGAGGUUGAUUUGAAGUAUUCGGCUAAGCUUGAAAGAGCACUAGUAGGAUACAACUUUGGUAUUUUCCUAGAUACCUUUACCAACUAUUUAGUAAGCUUAGCAGCCGCCCAACACCAUCUCGUAUAAACCUUGUCGUCAAAUCUUCCAUAACUUUUAGAUAUAUGUUUGCUUUUGAUGUGAUAAUUUGUGCGUUAUUGAUACUCAUAAAUAAUGUGAUUUUACUAUGCACAUAAAAGCUUUUCAAAAUUCAUGACGUUAGCAUUCAUCCUAUUCAAAAUAAAAAAAGAUAAAGCACAUGCAUCCAUUAAAGUCAUCUUUGCAUUUACACAUUCACAUAAUUUAUCAUCAUAAGCAUCAUAUAUACAAAACCGUUUAACAAACAAUAAAUUUGUCAGGGUUCCUUAAAAUUGCUCGCCUACGAGGAAAAAGUCAGCCUUCUAAGCACUUCACUAGAUCAAAACUCAAGGUCUUCAUGGAGGCAUUUCAGAAAGAGAUAAACGAUAUCAAUGGGAAGCUAACGGGGUUUGAUGAGAAACUGACGGGAUUUGAUGCGAAACUGGCAGGUUUUGAUGAGAUGAAAGGUCAACUCAGCACAAUUUUGAGCAUACUGUCAGGAAAAGGAAAGGGGGUUGCGACCAACGAAGAAGAAGCCAUAUUCGACGAAGAAGAUCACUAUGAACAACCUAAAGUAGAUGCCUCGAGUAGUAAAUUUAUUCUCAUACCUUUGAAGAACAUAGGUGAAAAAGAUGGCAUGGAACAACAAAGCAUGACAAAUCAGAAGAGACUGAGAAGCAUGAGGAACAUGGGGUUGAUGCUAUGUUGAAAGAAAAAUUAGAGCAUAUGAAUGAACGAAUAAGAAGCAUAGAGGGAUUUGAAUCCUAUGAGCCUAUGGAUGCAUCACAGCUAUGUUUAGUUCCAGAUGUCAUAAUUCCUCAUAAAUUUCAAAUGCCAGAAUUUGAAAGAUAUAAUGGCACUACUUGCCCAAGAAGUCAUUUGGUCAAGUGUGGGGGGACAAUGUGUCUCUCAAGUGUGGGAGGAUGUGCAUGCAUAUUUUUCGAAUGUUCAUGAUGAAUGUGCCAUAAUCGAUUAGCGACCUCCCAACGAUUUUUAAUAUAAGAUGUUUAUAGGUAUAUGUGGGAGUGUAUGUUAUCGAUUGCAUGCAUUUUUUUUGGAUUGAAUGGCUUAGAGAACUUACUUGGAAUCUUAUUGAUUAUCCCAGAUUUUUUUUCCAAAAUUUGAGAGUUCCAAACACCUUGUCCUAUGAAUCCACCCAUUCAUUAUGCUUUGAAUUAUUAGAUGAUUGGGGUGGUGUGCAUUAUAGAGAGUAGUUGAUAACGCCCUAGAUGGAUGUUAUUGAACAGAAUUGUGCAGCUUCACCACAAACAAAGGAAUCGAAGGUUCCUUUGUUAAGAACAUAGAAACAGAGUUCCCAAAUGAGCUUGGGUAAGCCAGUUCGAGUUUCAAUUGGAUGGAAAUGAAGGGGAAAUCUCACACCUGGGAGAUUACACGAUCUUUAUAAGGUUUCCUUUGAUAUAAUCGAGUGGGUUUGCUUGAUCAAUAGGCUAUUUUCAGCAAGUUUUGAUGGCAACCAAAACCAAAGCAAACCCACAACGCACUAGUUGGGAAUUUUCUGGGUUUUACUCAAAUCAACUCUGAAUUGUACAAUACACGAUGGAGGCCUUUUAUAGGCUUAAACAGACUCAAACAAAGCUAAACACUAUGGGCAAUUAACCUUAUUCAACAAGGAAACUAAAUUAUAAAGGGUUAGUUGCAUGACCAUUGAGCUAGCUCCUAUAUUAGUGAUUCCCGCAUUUCAUUCUCAUAAACUUGCAAAUUCUAUCCUUUUGCAUGACUUACCUAUAACUAGGGCGAGGGAGGUUCCCCAGUACCUGCUUUCACAUUUUUGCUUUCGUUGUCAGUUAUUACCAUUUAUUCUUCAACCAACCAAAACCUUAUUGACUAGAUAACAACCAAGUGAGAAGUAACCUAGGAUACUGAGGCCCCAUGGAAUCAAACUUGGUUAGUUACUGUACUGUCAACACCAUUUUGAGUUAUACUUGGCUCAAGAUGGAGUAGUUAGCUUAAGUCUUGUGCAUCUAAGACGAGCAUGGUAGGCAUAAUCAUAAGGCUUGAAGUGGAAUUCAUGAAAUGUAAACAAUGAUUUUGAUGGACAUAUUGAAACUAAUGGAUACAAAUAUGAUAACACUAAACUUGGUGUUAUUUACCCUACAUACUUAGGUGUGUUUUGUGCAAGUUCAUGCUCUUAAAUGCUUGAACAUCGUCAAAUACAUCCCUAUUGUGUUCCUAUUUGAUUUUGAUGUGAUUUUAGGGUGUAUUAGUCGAUAUGUGCAAAUUAGGUACAAAACAAGGUCACAAGUGUACAGAAGGGGCAAGCAGCUAAAGAUUGUGGCCUAGAAGCCAAAGAUCAUGAAUGGGAUCACAAGUCGCGAAGACCAGCUCAAGAUUGCGGCCCAGAAGGUAAAGUACUGGAUGCGGCUUCUCAGAGACUCCAUGGUCUUCACCUUGGACUUCACCACAAAUAUGACUUCUACGAAGGGUCAUCGGUGAAGAAUGGAGAUCUCUCCAUUUGAGAUUGAGGAGUCAAGUCCGGGGAAAAGACUUUUAAAGACGCGCUUGUUGGGAGGCAACCCAACGUUUUGGUUUGCGUAUCUUUCCCUUUUACCUUUUGUUUGAAUAAUAGUUUAGUUAGCAC